AGCCCUACCUACCAGCCCUUAAAUCUGUGUGCUUUUCUUCACGUAAGUACAGUCUCUUCCUGGUGGAGCUCCGUUCCCUCCCGCAGCGCUUCGGAGACUUUCAGCAGCAGUCCAGGUGGUCGCAAUGGGGAAGAUAGAGUGGGCGAUGUGGGCCAAUGAACAGGCUCUAGCUUCGGGGCUCAUUCUUCUUGCUGGAGGAAUAGUAGGUGUGGCUGGCCGGUUCAGAGGCUGGGAGUUUGCUGCUUAUGCAGUUGCCGCUGGUGUGUUUGUGUGUCUGCUUGAAUAUCCGAGAGGCAAGAGGGCCAAAGGAACAAGUGUGGAAAGAACGGGCCAGUAUUGUUUCACAGUGUGCGUAAAAGCCUUUGGGCCGCUGACCAGGAACUACUACGUCAGAGCAUUUUUACAUGCAGCCAUCUGUGUUCCCGGAGGUUUUAUGCUAGCGACUGUCCUUGGAUGUGUCUGCCUCGGCAUUGCCAGUCUCAUCUACCUUGCAGCAGCUAUUCGAGGUGAGCACUGGGAGCCCAUUCUUCCACGGAAAGAAGUGCGAAAGCCAGUCGCAGAAAGCAUCAAGAAUCCUCCACAGAACCCACCACCAAGACCUCCUCCAGAGAUGCGCAGGAAACAAGCGAAGGACCUUGAAUCAGCUGCCUAUGAUAACCCCAUCUCUGUUACUGCAGAUGAGUAACAGGUCCAGAACUAUGCCCUUAUUAUUCACCCUCCUCCGUCAGAAAAUGACAGUCAUUGUGGAAGCUCUCUGGAUUCAGUGACUGUAGAUGAAAAACGUUUUCAGACGUUUUUUUGAAGCCUCUGAGCGGGCAGAGCCUUCCUACGUCACGGAUUACUGAAACUAUAGUUCAGAGAAAAUAAAUGACGAGGGUUUUUAUUUUUAUUUUUGAUGAACAAAAUAUGCUGCAGGCUAAUUUAAUUCUGUAGCUGCAACCAAUGGCAACUAUUGUCACAUUGGAGUACUGUAUGCUAGAUGUUAGCGCUUACCGGUCUGAUGAAGCAAAGGUCACAGCCUAAUGCUGCUUUAUGUUUGAGUUGUGUAAAUUCUUAUUAGCAUGCAUACGCCUUAUGGAAGAAUUGUGUUUCUUAACUGUAAUUUCUGUGGGUUUGUGUUUAAAAGCCUUGGGUUAUUGUUGUUUACAGUUUUAUGGUACUAUUUAUACUUUCAGAUAAAAGUAGCUGUUUCCAGCUGAUAUUGUCCUUUUUAUUAUUUGUUUUUUGUUGUUAGUCAUAGUUUUAUUAUCUUGUAAAUAAAUCUUUUGCUUCCUUUGAAUCGUUGGUUGUAGACUUCUGUUUUUUCUGUUUCCUUUAAAAAAUAAUUAAAGAAAUGGUAUUUGCAAGAUCCUCUUUUCGCAACAACUGGAUUUCAGUAUUACAGAAAUUCCCUUUGUUCUCCAAAGUCUUUUUUUUUUUUUGGUUGUCUAUAAUCAAGCUAAAUAUGAUCCAUUAUUCUUUUUAAGAGGGAAGUAGUGUAUUUAUAGAUUUGCUUGUGAAACUUGUUUUGCAUGUUGGAGUCAUUUUAUUGCUCAUGCAACGGGGUUUUUAUUUUGUUCUUAAUUUCGUGUUACUGGUCACAGUUUAUCUUUAAUGGGUUGCAGGCUGUUUGGAAACCUCAACCAGGAAAAAAUGGUUCCUUCUUUCAAUAAGGCUGACAGUCUAGUUUACGUUACAUCUAAAAGGAUGUCUCAGUUUGGUUGCCACUUUUCCAGUUUAAGAAUUUUUAAAUAUCUAGGUUUGAAAUAGUAGGAAGUUAGAGUGUAUUUUCCACUGGAUUUUAGUUAUACUCAAAGUUUGAAGAGAUAAAUUGAUCUCUGCAGUCAAAUUUCUGCAGAGUUCUUGAAAGGGUUCAGACUGAAACUGUGCUCCACAGUAUGGACUCAAGCUCAAAGAGUGUGGGUACAAGAAAAAUAGCUGCUUUAAUGUAUUUAAAAGUGAAA